AUUUCUUCGUUGGCGGUAGCCUUUCAAUACAAAGACCGCAAAACUGUGAACUACGCCCCUGCUUGGCUUACAGCGAACAUGCGCAUCUUGAUUGAAUCGCCCAACUGAUGUGGUGAGCCUUCACGAGAGGCUAAUAGAGGACUGAAGGACUCACACCAACACGAGUUUUACGACAAGAAAUGUCCAAAAUGAGCGAUUCUUCAGACGACGACCAGCCGUUCAACCUUCGCGACUACGACGACGAUGACACCGACGAGGAAAGGCCCAACAAGCGUAGGAGAACUAUGAAAACUUUGCGCAGUCGCGGUGUGGGCUUUGUUCAAUCAAAUGCUCAGGAAGAGGAGCAAGAUGAAGAGGAGGAGGAUCUCGACGACGAAAGGCCGUCGAUGGGCCUAGGCAUGGGUUCUGGAAUGGGCGGCUUCCGUGCUUCUUUCAAUAUUGGGGAAUAUAACGCUGAAGAGGAGCCAGAGAGUCCUGCUCCUCCUCCACCUGACAUGUCUCCGCAGAGACAGGCAGAGAAAUCAGGCGGUACUGGACCGUCCGCGUUCGGUGCAGGAGGAAGAAUACAAAAGAACUCCUUCGCCGCUCGUAUGAUGGCGAAGAUGGGCUACGCAGAGGGUCAGGGUCUGGGAAAGUCAGGACAAGGCAUCACGGCACCCAUCCAGGCCAAGUCGCUACAAACACGCGCCGGUCUCGGUCAAGGAAGUGGCACUGCCGAACCACCACGCAAGAAGGACCCCAGUAGAGCAAAAACCUCUUCUUCGAAACCGUCGACUCCCGGGACGAGCACACCACGCAUCAAGGCUCCACCCAAGGCCAAAUACGCCGUGGCCGCAAUCGAGUCCAGAGGCCUCCACAUCCCCGAAGCAAUGAAACAAGUGAUUGUGGAUGCCACAGGGUCGGAGACAAAGACUGUAUCCUCCCUGUCAGGAUUCUCAACACCGACGCGGGAGUCAUCCCCUGGACUCGAAGCCGCAAAGGCGACGUCUCGGAUCAAGUUACAGUUACAAGCGUUCGCAGACGCAUGGGAUUCCACCAAAGAACAAGAAACCCAGCUCGAGUUGGAAGACACUCAACUCGGAGCAGCGCUGUCCCUCCAUGAGACCGAGAUCCAUCGUUACAAUGAGAUCAUAUCAUCAUUUGAGCGUGUGGCUGUAGACGACUCCAACGAGGCCCGAGACUGGGACGCUUCUAUCUCGCGCCUGCAGACAAUUCAAGCACAAUACGCCGACGGCAUAUCUGAAUUAUCGCUUCCCGAAUUGGCAGUUUCGUGCCUCGAGGCUCCUUUCCGGCGGGAACUCGCAGAAUGGGAUCCUCUCACCGAGCCUCGGCGUUUGAUCGCAUCUCUACAGUCCAUAAAUCUGCUACUGGAAAUUGAAAAGUCCACCACGACCCGACAUCGCAAACGGACCACAUACCUUGAAAGUCUGCUGUUGCUACACUGGUACCCUCGGAUACGCGUCGCCCUCGGCAAAGAAUGGGACAUGUAUGAUCCAGACCCGGCAUAUACGCUCGUCCAAUCCUGGUCGCCCAUAUUGCCCGACUGGAUGACGUACAAGAUCCUCCACGAGGUCGUCCUUCCGCGACUGAUCGAGGCUGUGAAACGGUUCCCUAAACGGAUCGAAUCGACCACCCUCGGUCUGGGCGGUUCAAACGGUGCCAACGGUUCCGCCUCGCGCAAGUCCAAAAAGUCCUCAGCACCAGACAUGCACACGUGGCUCUUUGACUGGUGGACGCUCUUGUCGUCUGAUGAUCUCGACCUCGAACGUUUCCCGGAGCUCAAGUCUCUGGUCAAGACCAAAGUCGACGCCGACAGUUGGGCGACGUGGAAACCCCUCCUCGGGUCGCGGCGGCCCAAGCCCCCACCACCUGCCACCCGUCCGGCGGUCGCAGCGACACCGACGGUCGCCGCGGGCAUAGACGAGGAAGUCACCUUCAAGAGUCUCGUGGAAGACUGGGCGUCGGAGAAUAAUCUGUUGCUGCACUCUUCCCACAAGUCGGACGCCUUCGGACGGUUGUUGUACCGGCUGCAAGAUGCGGAGCGGCGCAGUAGAGGCAUUCUGGUCUACCUGGCCGAGGAUGUCGUGUUUGGCGAAGACGGCGAACCGUACGCUUUGGACGACAAGCUUGUGGCCAGGGCCAUGGGACGAUAGUUGCUGUACUUGGAUACAAUGGGGCCUUACUAUAGCGGAAUAUAAGACUCAGGCGGGCAGGGACCGUAUGUAGCAGACGAAACUACUAGGCCUCUGGAUUUGACCAGAUCAAAAGAUGUGCAAUCACAAAAUAAAAAGUGAAGGUGUAGGUGAGAGG